GUCAGUAAUGUCAGUUAUAAUACGCAUGACGUAAAAGAUAAAAUUUAGAUACGAGAAAAUCCCACGCUUUAACUGUAAACGAAGAAGCAUUUUUUCUUGAUCAUUUGCAAUAAUUAUCAAAAAUGGCUGACAACUCAUGGGAUGUGGAUACAAUUAUGGAUUUUCAUCCUUGCAACAUACCACAUGGAAUGAAAAAUUAUGUGUUACAAGAUUUAACUCCGGAUCAACAAACUAAGUUAAAUGUGUACAAGCGAGAGCAAAUACGUACUGAUCAAAAAUAUUUAGCCGCUCAUCCCGAAAUUAGAGGUUUAAUUAUAAUGAUCUUACGACUCUUACUGAAAACAAAACCGGUGUUCGAUAUUUACGAAGUUGUUGGACAAUACUUUACAAAGUCUUCUGUUGAUUUAAAGGAAGAAAUUUAUGCGUAUCUUGAAGAAAGAGAGCAGAUUCUUAGUGUUAAUAGUCUCGUUGCGAUGAUACAUCAAAAAGAUUUGUCUCUAAGUCUGUAUUUGGAACAAGAAGGAGAACAAUAUGAAGGGGAACGAUAUGAGGAAGAACCGUCAAUUAAAGAUGAAAAAGAAAGUAUAUCACUCGAAGAAUCUUACGAAUAUCAUGACGAUGAAGAAAGCAAAGGGAAAGAAUCUGAAAUAGAUGAAGAUCGAAUCUCGGUCAAUAUUUGUCGGGAGGUUCUCGAUGAAAUUCUUGAGCUUGUUCAUGACGAGGUAGACAACAUUUCGCUUGCUAGUAUUGAAAGCGCUGACCUUGUUGAUUACGAAGACCAUGAUAUUGGCUCCACGUCAGAUGAAUCUGUUGACUAAAGCAUUUACGUUUACGGGCCCAUAUAAAUUAAUUUUAAAUUUUCUGCACAUUUUUAAAUACAAAAAUAAAAAUACAACGAUCUGGAAUAUACACUGGAAUUUAAAUAUACAAUGAUA